AUGGCAAUAUUUUCCGAAUUCAGGAAAUUAGCCUUCUUGAGAUUGGGAGAUGAAGUUUGGACUCCUUUAGACAGUGAUAAUGGUAUUUACGAUGUCAUUUACUUCAAUGGUCAAUUCUAUGCCAUCACUUACAGAGGGGAAUUGUUGAUUGUUGAUAUUUCCAGUCCUCAUCCAAAGACUAUUGAGUUUGCUGAACAUGGAGAGGGUAUAAACACUUGUGCGGAAUUACAUCUUGUGGAGUUAGUAGGAGAACUCUUUAUUGUUGCACAGGAAAUUAAUGUGGAAAAUGAAUUGAUAAGCGGCAAUAACAUUCAUGAAACAGUUGGUUUUGAUGUUUACAAAUUCAAUUUUGAUAACAGGAAAUGGACGCAGGUGAAGAGCAGCCUGGACAAUCGUGCUCUGUUUGUGGGUUUUAAUGACUCUUUCACCAUCUUCCCAUCUAACAACCAUUUAGGAUGUGAACCCAACUGUAUCUACUUCACUGAUGUCGACUUAUAUGGUCUUAUGGAAAAUGGAGCUGGUCAUGACAUGGGAGUGUUUCGGAUGGAGACUCAGGAAUUUGAUGAUCACUAUGUUGGCCCCGACAUCCUUACUCGUGUUUGUGCACCUCUUUGGAUUUGUCCUUCGAUCGAGGACAGUUUGUCUCCACUAACUGUAUUAAAAAAUACAACACAAGAACUUUCUUUUCCAGUAGCAUCAUCUUCUAUUACAAGAGUGGAAGGACAUCUAGGCAUCUAA